AUGACCGACCCAUUCCAAAGCGACAGCGACAACGACGAAACCAACCCCCUUCCAUUCCCCUUUCCUCGACAUGGCUGGGACGAAGAAGAUCCCAUAGCUACGUACUACCUCCGCACACUUAACCGGGAGAUCCGGGCACUAAAAGGCGAUUAUGAUCUGGCCUGUUGCUGCCAUACGUAUAUCAAGAUGGCGGUCUUGAGUUUGAGACUGUAUCUUCCGGUGUGGGAAGGUUUGCUCAAGGAGGUUUUGGGCGAUUCGGAUACCGAGGGAGAAGCCGAAAGCGAGAGAGUAGGUGGGUUUGAUGGGUUGGACGCGUAUAGGGAGGUUUUGGAGAUGAUGGAUAUGCAUACUAACGAUUAG